UUGUUUUGCGACAUUUCGGAUACGGAUACACCUAUCUUUUUCCGCAUCCACAUCCCAACGCUCCAGCUUUGCCUAAAAUGCUAAAGGGCAGCACACUGAAAGCCCUGGACGUCAGAAUCCUACGGCCCCUUAUUGAAACAAGUGGAGGACAGCAGCGCAGCCUCUCCAGCAGCAUCCACAGGUCGUACAUAACGUUCAAUGACCUCCGCAACAAGCACCGUUGGUACACCAAGAAGGAGCUCGUGGGGUACUCCAUGCAGGACAUGUACAGCGUGGUCUCCGACGUCAGCAACUACCACAAGUUUGUGCCGUAUGUGAAGCGCUCCCACGUCCACAGCCAGAAAAAAGGAGGCUUCAAGGCGGACCUCAUCGUGGGCUUUCCGCCGCUCAGCGAGUCGUACACCUCGCAGGUCACCCUGGUGCCGCCCAGCCUGGUGAAGUCCGAGUGCCACGAUGGUCGCCUGUUCAACUACCUGCUGAACGAGUGGCGCUUUAGUCCCGGACUCAAGGACAUACCCAACUCCUGUGUGCUGGACUUCAAGGUCUCCUUCGAGUUCAAGUCACUGCUGCACAGCAAUGUGGCCAACAUAUUCUUCGACCUGAUCUGCGACCAAAUGGAGAACGCCUUCAUCCAGGAGGUGCGACGACGGAACGGCCCACCCUCGAUCCGCUCCCAUGUGCUCACCUCGCAGCGAUCUUGAGGUAGUCGUUUUUCUAGUGAUUUAAGUUGACAAACCUCUUUGUUAGUACAAUUAACCGAAUUGUAAAUAAAUUGUCUAUCGAUUUGUGUA